AUGGCUGCUGUCGAAAUCUUGAAGUUUCCCAUAUCGUCCCCGGCGGAUACCACGCCUCUAGACAGGCUGAAAGAAGCUGGGUACGAGGCGUCGCAGAUCCUGGCCGUGGUCGGCAAGACUGAAGGAAAUGGCUGUGUUAACGACUUUUCUCGAACCUUGGCUUCGGCCGUGUGGGAGCCACGGAUCCCGCAGGAUGCCGUGACCAUCUUCUCCGGCGGCACCGAGGGCGUGCUCAGUCCCCAUGUCACUUUCUUUGUUCGGGCACAUCAAGGCGUGGCCACGGGGCUGAUCACUGCCAUCGGACGCACGCGCGUCCUGGCACCCCACGAGGUGGGCACGUCGGCGCACUCGCUGCAGGUCGCGCACACCGUGUCGCAGAUGAUGCAGCAGGCAUCGGUCACGCCGGCCCAGGUUCACUUGGUCCUGGUCAAGUGUCCGCUGUUGACCUCGGCGAAGAUCGAGGCCAUCCGCGCCGAAUCGCGCACCCCAGUCACCACCGACACCUACGAGUCAAUGGCAAAGUCUCGAUACGCCAGCGCGGUCGGCAUUGCGUUGGCGCUGGAAGAGUUGUCUCACGACAUGCUCGAGGAAGCCUCAGCAUCCCAGAACAUCUGGAGCGCAAAGGCAAGCUGCAGCAGCGGAGCGGAGCUGGAAGAUUGCCAUGUGCUCGUCCUGGCGACAGACCCGGCGGGGGCGGGACAGCAGCAAGGUCAUCUACACGCCGUGUCGCGGUACAUGGCAGACGCCAUCGACGCUUCGGCUGUGCGUGAUCUUCUCGCGCAGGUGGAAAGCGCCAACGGCAAGGUCGUCCAGGUGUUCGCAAAGGCCCAGGCCGACCCUCGCGGCCAUGUCCGGUCGUGGCGGCACACCAUGAACACUGACAGCGACAUCCACAGCACCCGACACGCGAGAGCCGCAGUGGGCGGCUUGAUCGCCGGACUCGUCUCCGACUGCGAGAUCUACGUCAGCGGAGGUGCAGAAGGGCAAGGGCCGUCUGGGGGUGGUAGUCUCUGCAUGGUAUAUAAAACUUAG